GGAGGAGGAGGAGGAGGAGGAGGAAAGAGACCAUAGACUUCCACCAGGGCCUAGAACGGCUGUUAAAUACUAGGGAGAGGAGGGAGGGGCGGGGACCACCUUCAAGGCAGGCCGCUGGCGGUAUCAUGGCGACCCGGAACCCCCCACCCCAAGAAUAUGAAAGUGAUGACGAUUCUUACGAAGUACUGGAUUUAACUGAGUAUGCAAGAAGACACCAUUGGUGGAAUCGAGUGUUUGGCCACAGUUCCGGACCUAUGGUAGAAAAAUACUCAGUAGCCACCCAGAUUGUAAUGGGUGGAGUGACUGGCUGGUGUGCAGGAUUUUUGUUCCAGAAAGUUGGAAAACUUGCAGCAACUGCAGUAGGUGGUGGCUUUCUUCUUCUUCAGAUUGCCAGUCACAGUGGCUAUGUGCAGAUUGACUGGAAGAGAGUUGAAAAAGAUGUAAACAAAGCGAAAAGACAGAUUAAGAAACGAGCAAAUAAGGCAGCACCUGAAAUCAACAAUAUAAUUGAAGAAGCAACAGAAUUUGUCAAACAGAACAUUGUGAUAUCCAGCGGGUUUGUGGGAGGCUUUCUGCUAGGUCUUGCAUCUUAAGGAUAUCAGUGUUAUAUCACAGUGGAGUCACCUUUGAGAAGUGUGUCAACAAGGUGGUCUCUCAAUAUUACACACCACCAGAGACUCGAGGGCAUCAAGAAACAACUGGCUGGAAAAUACCAAGCUCACAGCUUAGCGUUUUGCCAUCUGAAGUUUGGCAAACUAAUGUCUGCUGUAAAACAACCUAUAUGGUAUGUGUAUAAUAGUAUUCCUGAGCAAAACAUGGCUUUCUGUCAUUUUUUUAAAAUUUGCAUUUGUUUAGAAAUUAAAUUAGUCUAUAAAAAUAUCACCAUUGGCUGUAGAUACGGGCUGAAAAAAAAUAUGUUGGAUGUACUCCCCAAUGAAAUAUUACCCUUGUUUUAUUUAAAUAUGUUCAUUGUGCUCUAUAGUAUAGUGCCAAUAAUUAAAAAUUUGAAUUAUAGCUUCAGCAUUAUGGCUUUUUUUUUUUUUAAUGUAUGUUGGCAACAAACUGAAGAGCUAUAAUGCCCUUUUGUGGAAGGAUUUAGAAAUAAUAGAACUAUUAAAGAUAUUAAACAGAUUUAAUACCAAUUUUUAGAUUGUUUUUUCCUGCAGGUCUCCCUUUGCUUAUACAAUGACUGUAGUAAACAGUUUCACAGAAGGCUUUUCUAAGGAACUACUCCAUGUCCAAAGCUCUUUUUCUUUUUUUGAUGUCUACAGUUAUAAAAAUACCUUCUUGUAUAUAAGCAUCUAAUUUUUUUAUUAGUUUAUUUAUCAUGAAAGCUUGAGCAGAACUAAGUAUUUUGAGAGUACAUAUAGUUGGAUCAUUGAUUUUCUUAACCUGGAGCGAAACACCUUUCUCGUUUCUAAAAAUCCUAGUUAUUACUUUGUCUCCUUCCUCACAAAGAGGUAAAAAUCAUUUAAAAAUACUCAGUAGUAUACUAUGAAUUCACUGUCUCAAGAACCGUGAUUUUCUAUAUAAUCAGGAAAUUGUAGCUUAAAAAAUCGUCUUGAUGUAGUGUGAGAUGUAAGCGCCAAGACUUUCAGGUUUUCGGUAGCAUUGUGUUGGUUGAACGGUAGGCCAGUUGGCUUGUUUCUCAGGGCCACAUCACACUCCCUCAGAGGCUCCUUUGCCCAGAGGAGCUUUCUGUAUUGUUUGUUUUGUCCAUAGAAUUCUAAAUUGGGAUGGGGAGAAAAGCAGAACCUGUGUUGGAGUCCUCAGAUUGCAAAGACUGCAGAUAUUCAGACCACCACCUUUCGAUGGGAAGUCCCCAUAGUAUAUUUUGUGUAUUCUAAACAUAAGGCAUUUCAUUCUUUCAAGAUUGGUUAUGGUCUGUGUGCUUUUAUUAUCACAAAACUCCUUAAAAUUGAAUGUGGGAUUGGUCUUCAGCUUCUUUAUUCUCAUUGGUGCCUCAGAUACAAUGCUAAAUAAAACUGAUUUUCUUAC